GGUUAAAAAAAGAAGUGGAAGAAGCAGGCGAGGAGGAGAGAGCGGCGGGGGUGAAAGGGAGCGCACGGGAGCGAUUUUGGCCGACUCUGGACCCGUCCCCGGCGUGCGCGAGCAUGGCGGCCCUUCCCGGCACGGUCCCGAGGAUGAUGCGGCCGGCUCCGGGGCAGAACUACCCCCGCACGGGGUUCCCCCUGGAAGUGUCCACGCCACUUGGCCAAGGCCGGGUCAAUCAGCUCGGUGGGGUCUUCAUCAACGGGCGACCCCUGCCUAACCACAUCCGCCACAAGAUAGUAGAGAUGGCCCACCACGGCAUCCGGCCCUGUGUCAUCUCCCGCCAGCUACGUGUCUCCCACGGCUGUGUCUCCAAGAUUCUCUGCCGCUACCAGGAGACGGGGUCCAUCCGGCCUGGGGCCAUUGGCGGCAGCAAGCCCAGACAGGUGGCGACUCCGGAUGUAGAGAAAAAGAUCGAGGAAUACAAGAGGGAAAACCCAGGCAUGUUCAGCUGGGAGAUCCGAGACAGGCUGCUGAAGGACGGACACUGUGACCGCAGCACCGUGCCCUCAGUGAGUUCGAUUAGCCGCGUGCUCAGAAUCAAGUUCGGGAAGAAAGAGGAGGAGGACGAAGCGGACAAGAAGGAGGAGGACGGCGAGAAGAAAGCCAAGCACAGCAUCGAUGGCAUCCUGGGCGACAAAGGGAACCGGCUGGACGAGGGCUCGGACGUGGAGUCGGAACCCGACCUCCCUCUGAAGCGCAAGCAGCGCCGUAGCCGGACCACCUUCACGGCCGAGCAGCUGGAAGAGCUGGAGAAGGCCUUCGAGAGGACUCACUACCCAGACAUCUACACCCGCGAGGAGCUGGCUCAGAGAACCAAGCUGACCGAGGCGCGGGUCCAGGUCUGGUUCAGCAACCGCCGCGCCCGUUGGCGUAAGCAGGCAGGAGCCAACCAGCUGGCGGCCUUCAACCACCUCCUGCCCGGGGGCUUCCCGCCCACCGGCAUGCCCACGCUGCCCCCCUACCAGCUGCCGGACUCCACCUACCCCACCACCACCAUCUCCCAAGACGGGGGCAGCACGGUGCACCGGCCCCAGCCCCUCCCGCCGUCCACCAUGCACCAGGGGGGGCUGGCGGCGGCCGCCGCAGCCGCGGACACCAGCUCAGCCUACGGAGCCCGCCACAGCUUCUCCAGCUACUCGGACAGCUUCAUGAACCCGGCGGCGUCCUCCAACCACAUGAACCCCGUCAGCAACGGCCUGUCCCCCCAGGGCGUGCAAUGUGGUGCGGCGGCGCGGGUGUCGGGACCGGCCGGGGAGGUGAAGAUGACGGGGCUGUGUGGGGUCUGGGAGGCUGAGAGGGUGACAGGCUCACAGGAGCAGAGAGGGCAGGAGGAGGACCUGGAUGGGGGCAGCCGCGUGGAGGCCAAGGCCAGGAGGCGGCCAGCAGGUGCCCCCGCCACUGUCGAUGGAGCCCAGGGCUCUCUCGGCUCGGGCCGCUGCGCGCUCGGUGGCCCGGCCGGGAACCACCCAGCCGGCAAGGAGCGGAGAAAGGGGCCGGGGCCGGGGCUGGUGGCUGAGGCUGAGGCUGGCAGAGGGUGGCCGCCGGAGAUGGUGGAGGGUCACUGUCAGAGUGGUGGGUGCGCGCCCAGCCCCGGGGCGGCCCGGCGCCAAGUGACACGGAACAGCCAAUACCCCUAUUUCCCUGAACCUGAGACGACUGGCUGCCGGUCCGUCCUUGAUCUCAUCAGAAGCUGUCAAGAAACGCCUUGCGUGCGGCUCUGCCGUCACUGCUACGAGACAUGGAUCUACCCGGUGGCCACGCAGCUGCAGCCGGGCAUUACGGGUGGCAAAGUGCAUGCCACCCCCGGGAAGAUGCAGACACGCAUCCUUGUGCCCGCGGCCGGGAGGGGCGAAUGGCAGCGCUGCCUGCCCAUACUGUGUGGGUACGCGCACUUUAUCGUGUGUAUCAGUCUUUGUGUGCUCGUGUCGGCCCGUCUCCCUAAUGCUGUGUGCCGCCGCUACGAGUGUCCGUGUGUUUUGUGUGUGCGCGCCCGCGUCUUCAUCCAUGUGGCUCGGCCUCUUGGCCUGUGCACAGGAGGGAAGGAUGAGACCAGGGUCUCUCCAGAGCGGACCGACCCUCCCGAGAGUCUCCCCACCCCGACAAUUAGCCUCCUGAAGGGAAUCCGAGAACACAGCCGUGUCCCCAGCACGGACCCCAGCUGCUGCUUCGGGCAGGUGAUGAGCAUUCUGAGCAACCCCAGCGCCGUGCCGCCGCAGCCACAGGCCGACUUCUCCAUCUCCCCGCUGCACGGCGGGCUGGACUCGGCCACCUCCAUCUCGGCCAGCUGCAGCCAGCGGGCCGACUCCAUCAAGCCGGGAGACAGCCUGCCCACCUCCCAGUCCUACUGCCCGCCCACCUACAGCACCACCGGCUACAGCGUGGACCCCGUGGCUGGCUACCAGUACGGCCAGUACGGCCAGACUGCUGUUGAUUACCUGGCCAAAAACGUGAGCCUCUCCACACAGCGCCGUAUGAAGCUCGGGGAGCAUUCUGCUGUGCUGGGACUCCUGCCUGUGGAAACUGGCCAGGCCUACUAGGGCCCCUGGGGCGACUUGCCCCAGACCAAGUCCCAGCCCAACCCUUACUGGUCCCCAAGCCUCCCAGCCUCAGUCCUUUCAUCGCCCUGGGGUCCCACGAGGCCAGGAAAGGAGCCCAUUCCCUCCUCAUAGCCAGCCCUCUGGAGAUGUGCAGCCAGUCUACCAUUCACCUAUGUUUAGGCACCCAGAGUGACCCCCUUGGAGUCUCCCCCUCUACUCUCUCCCCAGGAGGGUUUCUGGUCAGCCUGCAGUCCUCCCCCCUCCCAGUCAAAUCCUGUCGUGGCCUCUGUGCUAUCUCAGGCACAGAAAUGGAAGCUCACCCUGAAUAGAGCACCUUGGGCACCCAAAGGAGGAAGGUGUCUGGGAUGAGGUACUGGAGCCCUUUGGACCCAACUCCAGUGAGUACCCUGGCCAGAGGUGGGGGUGGAGCUCGCAGGGCCACUCUCAGCUGGAAGUGCUGGGAGCCAGCCCUCCCAGCUGGAUCUCUGACCCAGGGCCAGAAGCAUAGCCCGUUCCUCCUCUGGAUGCUGGGGUGCCAGCAGAGAGGGGACCCUCGCCCUGGGGUUUUCCCAGGAGGAUCACCCAGGAAUUCUGAGGACUCCAGGACCCUCCAUACACACCUCUGGUGGGUGUAGGGGAGGAAUCUAGCCCAGGUAGGGGUACCAGAAAAAGCAGGAAGAGGUACCCAGGGGGCAGGGCUCAUCAGCAGUGGGCCGCCAAGGGUGCAAGGACCCAACACAGGCACCCAGAGGCAGCAGGCUUCUAGACUGAAGGCCAAAUUCCAACCUUGCCCAGCCUGUGCGGGGCCUGUGGAGCCCAUAGGCCCUUCAGUUUUCUCAUUCUCUGAAUCACAUGGGAGGGGAAGGAGACCAAGUCUUGCGUAAAGAGGUAUAGGGCAGGCUCAGAAGGGGGCUUCGUAGCUGGGGUCCCUCUGUUUGUGGGCAGCAGACCUUUGUUGCCAAAGGCUUCCGUGCUCUGCCUUCAAGUCCACAAUCCAUGGAGCUGCAGUUUCUCACAAAGCCUCCCUCAGAGACCUGAGCCUGUCCCCUGCAUGCCCAACCCUCUGUGAGGGGGACCUCCAUCCACCCUUUAAGCUGCUGGGGUGCAGAGAACUUCCCUUGGAGCUCUGGAGGAGGGUUCUUGGACCAGCAAGGACAGCUUACCUAAGACAAGGCCACCAAUUCCCCUUAACGUUUGGGGGGAGGGGGCAUGUCCCCGUCCCACUGAUAGUGGCACCUUUCAGUGUUGAUCCACUCUAGGCUGAGAGGGCCCUGUCUACUCAUCCAGAACAGUGAGGUGGGGACACAUGUGGCCAGUCUUCAGGCCACCACUCCUGGAGAGGUUGGGGAUGCCAAAGCUUCCAAAGAAUCGGGGAAAGCCACCUUCCUUGGCCAUGCCCAUGGCUUCCUCAUAUCCCUUCUCUUUAAAAGUUGAGAUCUUUGGGGAAUGGUUCAAGCCCCUGACUAUGCCUCCCUUGGGACUUUUCACCACCUUCACCUACUUAUCAGAAUUAUAUUCAUCUUCACCAUCACCAUCAUUAUAAUCUACACUUGGAUCACCUUUAUCAAGUGCUGCUAGGUUAAAGGCACUUGUGAGGGAGACACAGCCCUAAAUCCACAGAGACUGGGCCAGAUUGCUUGUCCCCGCCUGGGCACGUGAGGCCACCUCUUUGCUCAACCCAUGCCGCUUGCUCUCAGCCGACAAGACAUUCCUGGAGGGAAGGGCUGCUGCUUUGGGAGUCAACCUGAGUUCCUCCCUACUGGGGAACUGGACUGGCAAGAUGCUAGGACACUUUCCUGCAUAGAUGCCACUUCUGUGACAAAUGCUCACCUGUUUCUCAUCUUCAGACUUGGUAGUAUCAAGCCUGUCCUGGACCGUGGCCAGGGUGGCUCAUAUCUCUGGUUUAGAAGAACCUAUACAUAUAUGGGGACAAAUAAACUCUUUGGUAGUAGCAGAUACCUGGACAUGUGUAGCCCAUGGACUUCAACCAAGAUUUCAACUGGAGCAUCUACUGCAGGAGACUUUUGGUUCUUCAAGCUCUGGACAGAAAGGAAGACUGUGUCGUCCCUCGGUGACCCAGUCCCUAUGUUUGUAACCAUCACAGCCAGGAAGCAGCUCUUAAGAUCAACCACGGUCUUCAUCUACAUUCCUUGAAUGGUCAAUCCUCCCCCUGGAGGCCUGGCUCAGAAAUCAUCUGAGUCCCCUUCUAUACCCAGGAGCAGGGCUCUCAGGCAGGUGACAUCAAAACAGCCAAGCCUCACCCUCAGGAGGUGACAUUCCUAUGCUAGGACCAAUCCUAAAUAUCUGCCCCCGGUGAUGAAAUGAGAAUAAACCAAGUGGCUUCUCAUUAUGUCCAUCUUCUCUGGAGUUCUCCCAAGUCGCCAUCUUGGUAGAAAAUGGGACUCAUUCCCCCUGGAGCCCCACCCCCCUCAGAAAGAGACCCUGACCCUAGCAGGUUUUCCCUAAAACCUUGUGUACUAGUGUGUCUAGCCAACUCAGUCCAUAAAACUCAGUCUUUGUGCUGGCAGCUCACAACUUCAACCAGAGAGAGAACAUGGGACAAGAGGUACAAGGCUUCAAAUUCUUGAGGAUUGACCACAGCCUGAGAAAGAAGGCCUGAAUCCCAGUGGCCAGACCCAGUGGCCCAGAAACAAUCCCCAUCCAUUCCUGUAAAUAGAAUCCGUAGCAAAAUAAGAGAUGUUUCCUCCAACUUAUCACGAGUAGCUGUUGGUCCUACCUAUUGGGGGGGGGGUCCCUCUUCUGAGCUCAUUGUACAUUAGUUGGAAAUGUGGUGAUGUGCUGUUCGUUUAUAGGAAGUUGACUUUUAUAUAAAUAUAUAUAUAUAUAUACUAAAAAAGGAAAGAAAACCCCCACAGUGUGUGUCGUGCUAGUGCCAGGGACCAUCUGUAGGGAUAUAUCUGCAUAUUGUGUGUUUCAGAUUAUACAUUCCAGGCUCUGUUGGGUUCUUUCAUUUUUAUUGCUUUGUUUUCUCAUUUGGUAUUUCUCUCUUGCUAUGAAAAAAAAAAGUGAUGUGUAAGAACCAAGCUAUGCUUUAUACUCUUAUUUUUUACUUGAUUUACCUUUGCCAUUCUUUUGCCAGAAGAACAUGAAGAAGAGAGAUAGAGGAAUGAGAGAGAAGGAAAGAAGGAUGAAGAGGGAGGUUUGCCCAGAAGAAAAAAUGAGAAGGUCAGAUUUCCAAUCUGACUAUGGCUUGAGAGCAGAACAGGUCCCAGAAUUUGCCCAGACUCCACCGAGAUCCAACGUUGUUUUCGAUGGAGCUGGUGAAGCAUUCUGAGAUUUGGAUCCUGGAACUUGGUGAAAUUCCAUGACUGCCCAAAAAAGACAUUCUCUGGGGCCUCUCUCAGGUUGACGUUCUCGCCAAGCUCCCAAUGUGCCCUUCACUACUGGACGCUUUUUGAGGUUGACAGCUCUGUCCUGCAAAGGCACCUAACCAAGACCAAAUGGGGAGGGGGGUUACUCUGGCCGCCUUCUUGAAAUGCUCAGAGACAACUGUGUAUCGAAUGCUUUUUCUGUCAACUCUAACAUGGCCAAUUCCCCCACCUGGGAAAUAUCUACAUAGCACUCUAGAUCAUUCCUUCUUCCUAGUAAUUGCAACUUGGUUGCUUCCGUGUUUGACUCACAGCCAUAUUCCUCCAUCUGGAAGUGAGCGCGUGUGCAUGAGAGUGUGAGUGGGGUGUGUGCGUGGGCCUGUGGGCACAAGGGUGUGUGUUUAACUAUAAUCGCACCAUAAUUUAUUCAGCUAUAUGGAGUAGUAGACUAGAAAGAGAAACUGGCAUUUGCUUUAACUACCUGCUUGUAAGCGCUUCCUCUGUAACUCAGGCGUAACUGUUAUACAUUAAAAGAAAUU